AUGCACGCGGCUGUCCCGAAGUUCGGUAUCCGGCUGGGGAUGGCCGCUGACGGGGUUGGGGUGUCUACCGGAAACGGAAGGAGUGGGUCGCUGCCGACGAGUGGUAGAUAUGUACGGAAGGUAGAUAUGUACGGAAAGUCGGGGGGUGGGGUGGGACAGACGAAAUGA